AUGAACCCAGCAAUGAUGAGGACUGUUUCGGUGACGGCGCGGCGAUUGCUGAUGGCCAACAACCGACCCGUUCUGCAACAAUUCACUGCCGUUCGUGGCUAUCGAGGCGACAGCGGUGAUGGCGAAACCAACUUGUCGGCCGCAGAAGAGGCAUUGGUCCGCAAGGGCAAACCCGUCGACGAGGCGAUUCGUGCCCGACACGUUCGACCAGUCCAACUGAAGGAGUUGUCUCCUCAGAAUUUGGCAGAUUUGCAGGCGAAUGCUUCUGGCAGUGGAACCAGCACGCAAGACUUGGAGUUGGAAAUUCGCCGCAAACGAUUGAUUUAUCGUGCCAAACAACGUGGCUGGUUGGAAGUCGAUAUCCUGUUGGGAGCUUGGGCGAGUGAAAAUGUUCCACAAUUGGAAGGAGAUGAAUUGGAU